AUGCUGCGCCGCAAUGCGCGGCUGCGCAAGGAGUACCUGUACCGAAAAAGUCUAGAGGGAAAAGAGAAGGAACAGUAUGAGAAGAAGCGUCUCAUCAGACAGGCUCUCGCCGACGGCAAGCCCAUCCCCAGCGAGCUCCGCAAGGAGGAGGCCGCCCUGCGCCAUGACGUGGCGCUUGAGGACGACAACACCGCCGUGCCGCGGAGCCACGUGGAUGACGAGUAUGCGCGCGCCGGCGAACGCGACCCCCGGCCGCUCAUCACCACCUCGCGCGACCCCUCUUCCCGCCUCGUCCAGUUCGCCAAGGAGCUGAAGCUGGUGUUCCCCAACUCCAUCCGCAUCAACCGCGGAGGGAACGUGAUUGCGGACCUGGUGGACUCGUGCCGGAACCACGACUACACCGACCUCAUUGUGGUGCACGAACACCGCGGCGAGCCGGACGGCUUGGUGGUCUGCCACCUGCCCUACGGCCCCACCGCCUACUUUGGCCUCUUCAACACGGUCUUGAGGCAUGACAUCGGCGACAAGAAGACGGUGGGGACGGUAUCGGAGGCGUACCCUCACUUGAUCCUAGACAAUUUUUCCUCCCGCCUGGGAAGCCGGGUGUCCAACAUCCUCAAGCACCUCUUCCCUGUGCCCAAGCUCGACACCAAGCGAGUCAUCACAUUUGCCAACCAGGCCGACUACAUCAGCUUCAGGCAUCAUGUGUACACCCAGCCGGCAGGCCCUUCCAGCCUCGAAUUGAAGGAGGUGGGUCCCCGCUUUGAGGCCAAGCUCUUCCAAAUAUCCCUGGGCACCGUGGACCAGCCGCAUGCCGAGAAGGAGUGGGCACUGCGCAGCUACACCAACUCCGCAAAGCGACAAAAGCUGGCCGAGGCCACUGAGGAGGAGGCAUGA